AUGAAUCUAAAACUUCUCGAGAAGAUGCGCAGUUCUUGCCCAUCGCGAGCAUCAUUUAUGGAUUUUAUCAACCAUACCGACAACAGUACCACAGCUCUGAGGCGGGAUACUCGCAAAGCUGACGAAACUUCGCCUAUCACCAUCGAGGCCAGGCUCGUAAAGACAGCCCUCGAGGACAUUACAAACACCCAAGUCUCGCGCGACAACAGCGAAAAGCAAGAUGUCGUCAAGGAAAAGCCUUCGGUUUUCUGCGACAAAAUCGCUAAGACUGAGUCUAUUAAGACACCCACUGAAGAGCAAGCCGAUGGUUACUCGUCCCCUUCUAUUGAUGGGGAGGUGUCCCGAAUGAUUGAGGAACCAGCCUCGUCCGCCUAUCGCCACGAGUCUACUGACACGCACUUCAGCGAGCUCCCUAUCAGUGAGGAUUCUAACGGCGAAAUGACGUCUGUUGCCAACGAACGUAUUGAGCUCAAUCCUGAAGCCCCCGUGUUCGCCCAGCAACUGGCAAUCGAGGAGCAGUCUAUCGGAAGCCCUGCUUUUGACGUAAACACCCAAGAUAUUUCGUGCUUUGAUUGUGAACAAGCUGAACAUAUCGAGGAGUCCCACAGCCGUCAGGAGGCCGUUGAACGUCAACAUCUCUAUUACUCUAUGCAUGAGGCAUGGAACAACGAGUCCGUUCCUUUUUACGACAAGCAAACGACUUCUGCCACCGAGGGGUAUCCUCCCAACCAUCAAGAGGCAGCCGAACAUCAGUCUGCCAAUGAUUCUGCGAGCGAGGAUGAAACAGGCGAGCUCUAUCCUAUCAACGACAAAGCGUACGCGCUUACACAAGAAGAGGCUACUGAGAAGCAGUCAACCGAUACCCCUUGCUACGAGACCGUCAACUUCCAGCACCAGCCUGCUUACUACGACUAUCUUGAUACGAUUCUGGAAGAAUCGGAGUCCGAACAUGACGAGGUCACCAAGGCCAAAUUCAUCCAAGAAAACACUACUAACUCCGCUACCUCGUCUCCCUUCGAGAGCUCCGUUACAAGUAGCAACGAAUCAGCUACCAACGAAUCGGGAGUCAUUGAUUCCUACAUCUCUGACAUUUUGGAGAUUAGUACCACGAUCGUCGAUCCAGACAGCCCCAACACGGUGGCCAGUGAGCACUCAAAUGGAGGGGGAAAGAAGCGAAUCAUUCGAUUUGAUCGCAGUGGAGACCUGCAUCUAAAAGUAGGAACAAAUCACUCCCGAAACAUGCUGGUUGACUCUCGAGCACUCGAGCGUGCAUCAGCCAAACUGCACGCUGUCAUCUCUGAGAGCGCUAAAGGCAACGAUGGCGACCAAUGGACCAUUGAAUUUCCUGACGACGACCCAAAGUCGUUUGCUAUCCUUCUGAACCUCAUUCACGCACGUUUCGAAAAGGUUACCGCCAUUGUGACUCUUGACCGGCUCUUUGGUGUAUGCACUCUGGCCAGCAAAUACGACAUGACAAGUGUGCUACGACCUGUCGCCGAAAGGUGGUACAUGUCUGCUAGAACAAUUGAUAUAGGCUCAAUUUUCAAGAUGGCCUUUAUCGCCUGGGAGCUGGGGUUCGCAACCGAUUUUGGUGAGAUUGUUGGAUACAUUACUCACAAUUGUUCCCUGGAUGACGAUUCCGAGUUGGUUUUUGGCCACAACAAGGAACCACUCAAGGAAAACGAAAUUAUGCAGAAACUUCCCAUCAUGAGUAGGCCCUAUUGA